AUGGGAAAGAAAUCCAAACGCCGCUUGAAUCAAAAGUCAGAAGCCAAACGAGCGGCUCCCUCCGAAAGAGAAGAAGAGGACUAUGAAGAAACUGCUGAAAAUUUAAGAUUCGAAGAUCCUUACAUUGAUGAAAUCGAAGAAGAAGAGGUGAUGGACGAUGAUGGUGAAGAAGAAAUGGAGGAUGCUGAUAAUCAGGAUGUGGAAUUGGUGCAAUCGUGGCACCCUCUCAUGGGAGUUCCUAAUGAUGGGCCUCUGGAAAUGGAUCCGUCUGCCUACAAAAUGUAUCAUACCCUGUCUCCUGAAUGGCCAGCACUUAGUUUUGACUUUUUGCGUGACGAUCUCGGCGAUGCUCGUCAAAGAUUCCCCCACUCCAUGCAAGCUGCAAUUGGAACUCAAGCAGACAGACCAGACAAUAAUAGACUGACUAUCAUGAAGCUGAGUGACCUAUCUAAAAUGCCACAAGAAGAGGAGGAGGAUAUUCUUGGCGACGAGUACGACAAACAAGACGACAGCUCUUCUUCCGACGAAGAGGAGAAUGUCGAUUUGGAUCCAAUCAUGGAGCAUUAUCAUGUUCCACAUUAUGGGGGUGUCAAUAGAUUGCGGGCAAUGCCUCAGCAAUCUGAUAUCAUUGCGACAUGGAGUGAUGUUGGAACUGUCAACCUCUUCAACGUCGAGAGCAUUCGCUCAAGAUUCCUGGCAUCAGAAGGAAGAAGUAUGAGAGACUCCAGUGCUGGAUGUCAGAAGCCUUUCUUUAGUCAUUCGGGUCAUGGAGCAGAGGGAUACGCCAUGGACUGGAGUUUGGUAAAGAAAGGUCAUUUUGCAUCAGGUGAUAAUGACGGAAAGAUUCAUUAUUGGACGCCCCGUCCGGAAGGUGGAUAUGAGGUCGUUCCCUCAUACGAGAGCCAAGGAGGCGAAGCUGUUGAGGACAUUCAAUGGAGUCCGACGGAAGGCACGGUGUUUGCAACUGCUGAAUGUGGUGGUCAUAUCUCCAUUUAUGAUACCCGAGCCCCCAACAGGGCCAUGCUUCGUCCUUGUGUUCACGAGAACAAAUCCGAUGUCAAUGUCACUAGUUGGAACAAACUGGUGAGCAAUCUACUGGCGACUGGAGGCGACGAUGGAACCUUGAGUGUAUGGGAUUUGCGAAACUUUUCGCAACAGAAUGAUAAGGCCAUGGCUCCCUUGGCGCGAUUCACCUGCCAUCAAACACCGAUCACGUCGGUCGAGUGGCACCCAACCGACGAGUCAAUGUUGGCUGCCAGUGACACUGUCGGAGCCUACAUUUACGACUUGAGUGUGGAAGAAGAUUUAGAGGAUGCCAACAAGGCCAGCAGUACGACCAAGACAUUGGUGGCAGACAUUCCGCCGCAAUUGCUAUUUUGCCACUCGGGAUCGCAAGAAUUCAGAGAGUUGCACUGGCAUCCACAGAUUUCAAGUUGCAUAAUGACUACUGCUUUGACGGGAUUCUCUGUGUUUAUCCCAUCUAACUUAUAG